AUGCCUUCGCCCCACAAUAACGGUGAGGCUGUUAUUGGAGCCAACAAUACAUCAGCAACAUCGGCAACUUCAUCUGCUCCAAAUGACCAAUAUCAUAAUUCAUCAUCCAAUAAUCAACAAACCAAUACAAUUUUACCACAACAAGAAGUAACCACAACGACCACCACCUCACUCACCACAAAACAAGCUUUAAAAUCAAGCGUGUUAAUGACUACUACCACUGCUGUUGUGUUAAACGGAACAAAUAAUGUUACUCCAACAAUUAACACCCACACUUCUGUCUCCUCUACUUCAUCCACAAGUAUUAAUCCUGCUUCCGCUUCCUCUGCCAUGAAACAUCAUCAACAACAACAACUUAGUAAUUCAUCAAAUAAUGCUCGACCACGUACACAUAGUAAUCCCCAUGCUUUUAGCUAUAGGACCUCCCAUCACCAACAACACUAUGGUACAAAUUCCCGUGAUAACUUUUUCUCAAACCUUUUAUCUUCUAUAUCGACAGACUCAAAUGGUUCUAGUCGAAAGAAGGAAUUUAAACAAUCUAUAACAUUACUUCGUAAUUUUAUUGUUAGAAGUAGAAAUGCCAUUUUCCUGGUUCUACUUUUACUUUGUGUAAUUGCUUCCCUUUUAUUCGUGUACAAUUUACGUUCUGGUGUAUUUACAAAGAUUCAAAAUACUAUUACAACUAGUGUUGAUGAUAGUAUGGACUCUCUAGAAGAAGCUACAACAAUUUACGACCAUAGCACUUAUGAUGGAUCUCUAAUAGCGAAUAGACACCAUCAGGAACCUGUAUCAAAGUCUACCUGGGAAAGUCUGCAGUCUUCAGACCCUAGAACAGAUAAAUUAGUGAUGGGUGUAGAUGAACAACCACAAGAAAAGAAGAAGAAGAAUAAGAAAAAGGUGAUACAAUCACAAACAGAAGAAGAACAAACACCACCAACAACAACAACAAUUUCUGAACAAAACCCAAAGUUAAUGAUGGAAAAUAACAAGGCAACAAAAACAACCACACCUAUUCAACCGGAAGGAGGUGUUAAAACAGAAGACAUUAAGCCUUUACCAUAUAUCAAACCUUUAAACCAUCACGAUAUCCCACUUCCAACUAGAAAACCAACACCACAAGAAGAAAAUGAAAUUAAUACGGAUUUUAAGAUUGAUCAUAUUUAUGUGAUUAAUUUGAAAAUAAGAGAAGAUAGAAGACAAAAAUCUAUAAGACGUUUAAACACUUUAGGUGGUAUAUUUUCGAAUUAUACAUUCUUUGAACCUGUAUUUGGUGAAGCAUUAACAGACCAAGAUAUUUUCAAUCAUGUAUCUAUUACAACUUACAAGGCCAUUUUGGAAGGAAGAAGUUUGGAUUAUCAACUUUCCACAAAGGGUGGUGUUGGUUGUUAUCUUACACAUACCAACAUCUGGAAGGAUAUGAUUGAGAAAGGUUAUGAGAGAAUUUUAAUAUUUGAGGACGAUUUUGAAAUUACCAGUCCUUACGAUGAAAUUAUGACCUAUUUUUCACACUUACCAAAGAAAUUUGAUGUUGCUUUUAUGUACUUCAGCUUGUUCCCUGGAAGUGGAGAAUUUGAAAGAUACAACGAUUAUUGGAUGACAACAACAGCCACUAGAGUUUAUGGAGCAGCAAGUUACAUCAUUAAUAGGGGUGCUGCAGAAAAAUUGUUAGAAAAGGCUUUCCCAAUCGAUUUGCAAUUAGAUGCAUUUAUCAAUCACUAUGUUACAUUUACUGGAGGACUCAGAUUGUACUCUAGUAAGCUUUUGUUCGGCCACGAGAUAACCGAACUCUUCAAGACUAAUGUACAAGAUUAUUGUUGGAAAUGCAUUGCCAAUAAUUUGAUGGAUAACUUCCUUUCUGUAGAAUUGGUCUUUAACGUAUUUCUGAUUAUGAUUGCAGUGGUUGUAGUUUUAGUGCUGUAUGUUAAAUUCUUUUCGAAAAUUCUUGCUCGUAAACACGGAAAGCAAGAUAGACUUGCCGAAUGGGCACACGAUGAAUAAUGCAUCACCACACCUUACCUUUGACUACUACUACUCUAGGAUUACUCUGAUGUUGUAUUAUAUUGAGACACGAUGACGAUAAUAAAUAUUGUCCAAAUAUAAUGUAGAU